UUCAAUUGUAAUGGCUAUUGUUCCCUUCUUCUACAGAGCCCAAAUCCGCCGUAGAUGCCCUCCAUAGCCGCCUCUCCACCGCCCCUUUCCCCUACAAUUUUGUCAUCUUCUUCUUCGCCGGAGGAAGAGAACAGCAGCAGAACAAAAAUGGAGCUCAUCAACAAUGUCUUCCACCUCCACCUCCACCUCCACCUCCUCCUCGCCCUCUCCUCUCUUUUCUCCUCCCCCGCCAUAGCCAUUUGCGUUCCCCGAAACAUCUCCCUCUUUCAAUCCCCUACUAUUCCACUUCCUACGCCAAGCACCCCGCCGGUUUACAUUUCGCAGUCUGUAGCUCGAAAACGAACGCAGAAGUCCGAGGGCAAAUCGAGUUCGAAAUCGGGAUCGUCGAGGGAGCCGAUCGAACUGGUGCAGAUCUGCGAUGUGACGAGCAAUCCAAAACUGUGUCAAUCCUCGAUUUCGUCUAGCAUCCAUGAAUCCACGGUGAAUCCUGUUUCUGCACUGAAAACGGAAAUUGAGCAAUCGAUUAAAGAGGUGGAGAACGCAAUUGCGGUAUUGAAAAAACUGGACAAAGAAUCUGGUUCAACGAAAGCCGAAGACUCGUGCUACGAUACUUGCCUGGAGAAUUUCGAUAUGGCGAUUGAGGAUCUACGGACCGCAACGGAAGCGAUCGACGUGAAUGACGUUGGUAGAAUGGAGAGCGCACUGACGGCGGUAUUGACGGAUCUGGUGACUUGCGAUGAUACUUUCGUGGAGAUGGGAGUGGAUUCUCCAUUGGACCAUCUUAGUAUCAAAAUGAACAAGUACGCCAGUAACUGCUUGGCAAUUUCCAAAUUGCUUCUGUGACCGAAAGGAUCGAUCGAUCUAGUUGGAGAAGAUGAUUGAUUGAUUCAAUGGACUCUGCCUCCUCUUCCUUCGUCGUUGUUGUUGUUGUUCUUCAACCCAUCGUGUUCAUUUGGGGAAGAUUUGAUUAACUAAGCAUGAUGAUGAUGAUUCAUUCUCUCAUGAAUUGAUGGAAUAAAUUUUGUAGUGAUUCAUUGGCA